CAGCAAAAGCAGGGUUAACCCCGAGAACUCAUCAGCUGUGAGCACAAAUAACUACGUUGUUUGAAGAGCGGCGUUUGGGUUAUCUGUUGUGAGCAGGUCACACCCUCUCACGCCUAAACUUCUGAUUGAUUCAGAAGAUUUGUCGACAACUCUAUUCUUUCUCUCCAUUGGCUUCUCACACCGCCAAUCAGUCGGUAAUCGGAUGCGUGGCGUGAGGUUUCAUUCAUCAGGAACAGGAAAGACUGGUUUUAUUGUUACUAACAGGGAAGCAGCAAGGUUGGAUCUGGAAUUUUAAUUAACAAAUAGAAAGUUUAAAAACAUUUCCUAGGUAAUAAUUACCAUUGGCCUACCUCAUGGAUUUGCGCAAGCCAUUGUUUUAAUCAGAGACUGGGCGACCUGCAAGGUUUGAUCAGAUCCUGAGGGUUGCUCUGGCUAGUCACUUGUAAUUAUUUAACUCAGGAUAAGUACAUUAUAUAGACAUUCGUUUCAUGUAAAGAAGAAAUAUUGACAACUAAGUGAGAAGAAAACGAUCGCAGAUCGAGAUCAAAACCAUUUCAAAUUGAGACUGCCCACCACAGUUUGGAUUGCAGGCUGGCACAAGUCGGAUUGGAGGUUAUUAUGGCAAUGACUGGAGGGACCGCAACAUCCUUUCCCAUGAGCAAUCACACCCGUGAGAGGGUGACUGUGGCCAAGCUGACUCUUGAAAACUUCUACAGCACUCUCAUUACACAGCACGAGGAGAGAGAAAUGAGGCAGAAAAAACUAGAAAAGGUAAUGGAUGAAGAGGGGCUCAUAGAUGAAGAGAAAAAGAUGAGGCGAUCUCAGCAUGCGCUGAAAGAGACAGAAUUUCUGCGGCUCAAGAGGACCAGACUUGGCCUUGAUGACUUUGAGUCGUUGAAAAUCAUUGGAAGAGGUGCUUUUGGAGAGGUGCGGCUGGUUCAGAAGAAAGAUACUGGCCAUAUCUACGCCAUGAAGAUCUUGAGAAAAGCAGACAUGCUGGAAAAGGAGCAGAUUGCUCAUAUUCGUGCCGAGAGAGAUAUGCUUGUGGAGGCUGAUGGCGCUUGGGUUGUGAAGAUGUUCUACAGUUUUCAAGACAAGAGAAAUCUAUAUCUGAUCAUGGAGUUUCUUCCAGGAGGUGAUAUGAUGACACUACUCAUGAAGAAAGACACUUUGACAGAAGAGGAAACCCAGUUUUAUAUAGCGGAGACUGUGCUGGCCAUAGACUCCAUUCACCAGCUGGGGUUCAUUCACCGAGACAUUAAACCAGACAACCUCCUGCUGGAUUCCAGGGGGCAUGUUAAGCUGUCAGACUUUGGUUUAUGCACAGGGCUGAAAAAAGCACACAGAACAGAGUUCUACAGGAAUUUAACCCACAAUCCACCCAGUGAUUUCAGAGAUCUACUUCCUACAGCCUUUCAAAACAUGAAUUCAAAAAGGAAAGCAGAGACAUGGAAAAAAAAUAGACGGCAAUUGGCAUACUCCACAGUGGGAACCCCAGAUUAUAUUGCCCCUGAGGUGUUCAUGCAGACUGGGUAUAACAAACUCUGUGACUGGUGGUCUCUGGGGGUUAUAAUGUAUGAAAUGUUAAUAGGCUAUCCUCCAUUCUGUUCAGAAACUCCACAAGAAACGUACAGAAAGGUUAUGAACUGGAAAGAGACUCUUGUUUUCCCUCCUGAAGUACCCAUUUCAGAGAAAGCAAAAGACUUGAUUUUAAGGUAUUGUAAUGAUGCAGAGGACAGAGUGGGUGCUGUAAGUGUAGAGGAAAUAAAGAGUCAUCCAUUCUUUGAACCAGUAGACUGGGAUCAUAUAAGGGAGAGGCCAGCUGCUAUUUCAAUCGAAAUAAAAAGCAUUGAUGACACAUCAAACUUUGAUGAGUUCCCAGAAUCAGACAUCCUCCAGCCAAUUUCAGUGACAAAUGCAACAGAACAGGACUACAAAUCAAAGGACUGGGUCUUCCUCAACUAUACCUACAAGAGGUUCGAAGGACUCACACAAAGAGGCUCCAUUCCCUCUUAUAUGAAAGCUGGAAAGUUGUGAAAAACAUCAGGGAUUGAGACCUUUUGAACAGCUUUGUGCCUGGGCCACUCGACACUUAUUAAUACUGAUACACUGAAAGACUCCUGCAUAUCAAUGUAAAACAUGAAAUUCUACAGGAUUAGGGUUUCACAGACUACUGAAGAGGCUCUUCUGUUUUGGGUUGGCAGGGCCAGCGGCCAUCUUGCCAAAGUUGUUGUUUAUCUUGUUUGUUCUUUGUACUGCCAUAUAAAGGUACUAGGGUUACUGUAAGCAUAUCUCUGUUUGUAUUUCACACAUGUUUGAGUAGAGAUGUUGUGUGAGGAUUGAGGCUUCAUUGCUGGAUACAGUGUCUCUCUCUCUCUCUCUCUCUCUCUCUCUCUCUCUCUCUCUCUCUUCUAAACAAAUGACAUGUAGCUCAUCGACACCUGCGUGAAAAAGAAG